CUUCAACAACAAAAUCUGCACCUUGCCAAUGACGACGUCCUCAAAGUGUCCGAGCCGCAAUCACCGACAUUUGGCCGCCACUACAAGCUAGCCGAUGUGAUUGCCCGAUACGCACCGGCACGCGAGUCUUGGGUCACCGUUAGAGCUUGUUCGAGCGAGUCGGGCAUCCCAGCCAGCCGCAUUGUCCGCUCUCAUGAUGCGAACCGGGCAAUUUUUGAUGCCACAGUUGAAGAAGCAGAAGCCUUGCUUCAAACUCGCCACGACAUUUACACUGCUGAAGCCAAUGGCGACUUGCACGUAUCAUGCGAGAACUACAGCUUACCCGACUCGGUGCGCAGCUACAUCAACUUCGUCUUACCUACAAUCCACUUGGGUCUUGGGACGAGAAUCGCGCCACGUCCCAGCAAACGGCCAACCCACGGCAAGAGGUAUACCACUAGCCGCCGAAUUCCUGCGCCGGCGCGUCCGCGAGGGGCACACAGCUGCUUAUCCCUCAUCACGCUAGACUGCCUGCGGGCAAUGUAUGGCCUCCGUCCAACUACAAUGGCUAUCCCAACAACACCUUCAGCAUAUACGAACAGAUGUUCUGGCUAG